AUGAGUAAUGGUGCAAUUUUCUCAACCACAACAGUUAGAAUAACUGCUGUCAAAAGUGUAAAACGUUGGCUCUCUUCUCAAAAUGAUGGACCCUACAGAACAUGUAACUGGAUUGGACAGAAUGGAUCAGCCUCAAAGUUAUUCAGAGAUGAUGCCGUUAUACAAAGAUGCACUGUAUACCAUACUUCAUCGGCUAGGCAACCCCAGCUCGGAAAAUAUUUCAGACAACAAAGAGCUCUACCAGUAUGUUAAAAAGGCAUUUGGAAUGUCACCAAAACAGCAUGAACAGGCCCUUCUCCAAGUACAGAGCAUGCAGCCUCCCAUCUCCUGCCUGAAGGUUACAGUGAAGGAAGCCAAAGAGAUUCUGGGGAAAGAUGUGAGUGGUUUUAGUGACCCAUACUGCUUGUUGGGUCUUGUUUCAUAUGGUGAAUCAAAAGAUGCAACUCUCAAAAGGGAUGGACCACUUCUCCGUAAGCACAGGAAAGCAGUGGUGAAGAAUACAAUUCCUGAAGACCAGAUCCACCGCACCAGUGUCAAGAAACAGACUCUCAACCCAGUCUGGAAUGAAACCUUUUUGCUAGAAUUUAAAGAAAUUGCUGACACAGAGCUUCACAUGGAUAUGUGGGAUAUGGAUGAAAUAGAAACACUCGGGCAAAAACUUGGUGAGAUAACGGACUUACAUGGUUUAAAGAGAAUCUUCAAAGAUGCCAAAAAAAACAAGGGACAGGAUGACUUUCUUGGAAACAUAGUGAUAAAGCUUGAGACCUUGCAGAGUAUAGUGGAUGAGUGGUAUGUCCUAGAGCCUCGCACUGAGACCUAUCCUGAUCGUGGGAAGUGUCAUCUACAUCUUCAGUUCAUACAUAAAGAGAGAGACAAGAGCUUGGAUUUUUGCAGGCCUAUCUACUCUGCAUACAGUGGACUUCUGAAAACAUUUGUCCAGUAUGAAAUUUCCAGCAAUAAGGAAUCAAGCAGUUCAACCUGGAAAGGAGACCUCUGCAAACCAGCCAAAAGUCUAUUAGACUUGUAUGCUACCCAAAACAACCUCUCUCCGUUCAUGCAAGACUUAGCGAAGUGGCUGGCUUACAGUAGACUUUACCAGUCCAUGGAGUUAGACUCAAAUGUUCUUCUUCAUCAGCUCACCAGCAUACAGUAUCAGUGGGCACAGUUGGACUCAAAAGAACUCACAUAUGAACAGCGGCAUGAGCUAGGAGAGUCCUUGCAAUCUUUUCUUGUGUAUGGACUAUCAAUGAUCUCAAAAUUUCGUGAUAUCUUCCCUCGUAAAUGUGCUUCUCGUCUUCAAUCACUACUACGAAUACUCUCACAGAUGUGCAAAAUGAAGGCAUUUAAAGAACUGAAUCCUAAAAGCUUCAGUUUUCAAGAAGAGAUCACCAAAGCUAUUCAGGUAGGCACUAAAGAAUGGUUCAACAUGAAGAAAGGGCUACACCAACCAAUGAUGAAGAAUGCUGAAGAAAAUGCCCGUUCUUUGGCACGCAUUGUGCUUGAAGUAAAAGAAGAUCUUGAUGCUAUUAAAAUAAUAUGGAACAAAGUCUUCAUCAACAAUGCUCAAGUAGAUUUGUUCACAGUUGCUUACAUAGAACUGGAAGAUCUGAUAGCAACAGACCUGAAAGAAAGUCUGUAUGUGGAGACACAAAUAUCGGAGGCUGUUGCAGAUAUUCUUUUUGCUCUUUAUCGUAAUUUGAAGGACAUACAUCAGGCCAAAGCGUUUCUUCAAAAAAGGGAUAAAGUCCUAGCACUUACUGAAUAUCAUGUGAGGUUUAGAGAAGUUCUCCCCUUAUGGGUUCAGAGAGCCUACAAAACUGCUUUGCAGAGAGUUGAAAGAGCUGUGCAAGUUGACCAGCUGAAACCCCUUAUUGAGACCAGCAGUCUGAUAAAGCACAGUUCAUCUGUUGUAGACCUGGCUACGUGCUUUACCCAAAUCCGUGAAACUUGGAAUCAGUUGAGUUGGCCUGAUCCAGAAGAAGCUUUCAUGGUGAUGGUAAAAAUCACAGAGGAUAUGUGCAAAAUUGCAGUAAUGUAUUGCACUAUGCUGAAGCAACAGGCGACUCAGCUAUCUGGAAAAUCACAUCAUGGAGAUGCUGCAAAUCUGCUUUGUGUGGUAGUGAAUAAUAUUGAACACCUACGAACAGUGCUGAAGAAGCUCCCAGAACAACUAGAUUGGAUUGGUCUGAAACAGAAGACAGCUCAAGUAAUUACAGAGGAACAGUUCCACAAAACACUUUACCACCAAUUACAACGUGCAGAAAGCAUCUUGAACCAGCAGAUCAGUGCUGCAGUUAUUACACUUGGACAGAAGCUUCAUGAAGAUAUUGAAAAGCAUAUUCUUCUUCUGUCCAGUCUCCAUGGUCUGCUUCCUAGGCCAGAAGAGGCUGUUGGACCACUGAUGAAGUUUCUUGAACAAGAAUUUCAUUAUAUGAAUGAGAAUCUGGUGCAGGAAAACUUUAAUAGCCUUCUUGCACCCCUUUGGACUCAUACAGUUACAAUUUUACAAAGAAUUUCUGGGCAACAAGUCAACUCAUUGGAAUUUUAUAGACGUCUUCAGUAUGCUUUACAGUGUUUAGAACAAUGCUUUCAUGCAGAAGGAAAUGGAAUGCCUUUAGGAAAAUUGCAUAAUGAAGAAUAUAAUUGUUUAGUGAAAAAUCUGGAACUGUCAGCUAUGAGCUCCCAUGAACUGAUUCAGAAGUACCUGGAGCGGAAAGUUGCUGAGCAGAAAAUGUGCAGCAAUGAAAAGUAUGGUGCUGUGACACUUAUUGCCUUCUACAAUAAUGCAGAUCAAAUACUACAUAUUGAGAUUCUUAAUGCUGUUAACCUUACACCAAUGGACUCUAAUGGUACCAGUGAUCCAUUUAUCAAUUUGUCCCUGGAGCCAAAACACUUGUUCCCAGAAAUUGAGAAAAGGACAACAAAAACGAAGAUGUGUGACUUGAAUCCACUUUUUGAGGAGACCUUUGAGUUCCUUGUCUCACAAGAAAAACUACGAACCCAGGGUGCAUGCUUGGUCCUCACUGUCUUUGAUUAUGAUCUACUGGGAAGUGAUGAUUUUGAGGGGGAAUCCUUUCUGUCCUUGAGAGAUUUGCCAGGGGUUGGAAGCACAUUGGACAUGGGAAAUAUUCAUCAGAUUAGACUGGCUUUGAUGCACCCUGUGCCAAAUGCAGAUAAUAUUCUAAAGCAGCUGGAAACCAGAAAAAUGGACCGUGUGGCAAAGGACUUUGUCAAGCUUCGUCUUCAGAUUGAAAACAAAUCCAUGGAGGUGUAAAAAGAAUCUUCCAGGCAGUAUUUUAGUGACGUUCUUCUAUAUUAAUUUGAAUAAAGUUAUUUUUAAAAAGUCAUAAUAUACUUUGCUUAUUCUUAAAAGUUAAACAAAGUACUGUAUGUGUAUUAAAUGUGAAUAAAUAAUGCCAAAGUGCAAUUAACAACUAAUGCAAACAUCUACUUAUUUUGUAUAAACAGAAGUAUUAGAAUGUUUAAGUUUAACAAUGUCUUGACUGUUUUUUUUUUUUUUAAUUUAAAGCCUUCCCAUGUGAACCUGAGCAAUCUACUUUGUUUAGUCUUAAAACAUUUUACUAAUAACCCCAUAUUGUAAUUUUACAUUUUCAGCUCAUAAAUGAAUUAAUACAUUUUAUUUAAUGUUGCAUUUCUGAACACUCAAAGAAUCAUUACAAGAUAAAAAACAAACAUCAGGAAAAUGUAAAAAAACACAUAAAUAAAGUAAAAUGCAUACUUAUUAAAAUUUAUUAAUAUAAUCAUGCAAGUUUUGAGAUGGUUUUGGAUAAAGAAAUAUAAACCUGAA